AUGCCGGACGAGAGGGAAGGUGGGUACUCUAUCUGGGUGGUCCGUGCCUUGGCAACGGCCAAGCAGGCUGGGGACGGAUCUUUUCAACGUUGUUGCGAUGAUCUUCUGGCAGUCUUCGGACCGGAUAUGACCUCGAUGUACAUGCAACAGCUGGACCAUCUGGAAAGUGAGCUAGCAGGGUCGGUGAUGCACGGUGCGGAUCGAUCAGCCUCUGCAAUCACAAUUCAUGACACGGACUCGGAGGGCUCUGCCGCCGGGACAAGGGCCGAAACAGCUGCAGAAGCAUAUGCCGACACUCGCCUUGCACUGAAGGUUCGUGCGCCGUACAUUGACCAGAUAUUAGACGGCAGCAAGCGAAUCGAAAUUCGAAGUGGCCCAUGUGCACAUGCGGAAAGAAUUACUCUCAUAGAGGUGGGGUCAAAGCUCAUCAAAGGACGUGUGACCGUUCGGCGAUCACGACAGAUGACGAGCGCCGAGAAGCAGCAACACGCCUCGGUACUGAGCAAGUUGGGAUACAAGAAUCCGUGGGCUUGGGAGUUGCACGACCCCGAGGUCGUCGAUCCUCCUAUCUUGGUGCCAGACGCUGUCGGCAAAAACAUCGUUACCUGGGUCCCGCGCAUGCGAUGGGAGAAGUGGGAACGAGGUCAAGCAGCGGUGCCCUGCCCCGGCCAAGCCAAGACGCAUGCCCCUGGUCGUUCACUGGUCCAGAAAUGGCGUGCUCAACUCGAAAGCCGCAGGCCGGUGCAGAAGCUAUCUGCACCUCCCGCCCAGGGCCGGUGCAGAAGCUAUCUACACCUCAAAGAAGAGCCUAUGAGCAACAGCGAGGGCGCUUCAACAGUGGUGUCAUUACAAGUCUUGGAGGGCAUGCUCGGUGUGUGGGCGUAUGCAGCAGCAGCGGUACAUGGCGCAACACGGCUAUCGAUCGCCCGGGCCGGCAGAGGUUAUUUCGUGCACACGGAUAUGAUUCGGUUUACCUUUAAGACACACCCGGUCGAGCAGCAAAUUGCCGGCUUGCCAAGUCGGAAGGAAAGGCGUCGUGCGAGGCGGGCGUUCCGCUGGCUCAUGCAACAGGGCAUCUCGGCUUACCGGGACUUCGUGGACUUGCAUCGUGCUUUCUUGCGGCAGACUGACGCAAGGGCAGCAUCCGACGCUUCGACGCCAAGAACCGCCAGGCUGCCGGUUUCGUUCCUGGAAACAGUGGGGCUGGAGUGCGCACUAUGGCCCGAUUUAUAUUGGCGAACGAAUAUGACAGAAACGUAUGCACGCUCACGGGACGUGCGGCGGCGGCAGGAGACCACAGGCGCUGCAGGGGAGCAGGACGCGGAGACGGACGAGGAGGACGCACAGACUCGAGGGCGUCAAAGCGCAAAGGCUAGUUUCCUGGCCAAAGCCUUGGGACCGCUGCUGGGUUACAGCGCAGACCGCGCACUGGUGCAUUACGUGUACGACCUUUGGUUAUGGAGUUCUAUCGGGGGAGCGAGAAAUGCGGUGAACCUCGGGGUUCGCGAGGCCCUAGCCUCGAAAUCAUUCAGUCCGGAGCUUUGGCGCCGCAAUCACGCUGCCCUUGUCGAUCUACAGCGACAACAUGGUCUGCCGUCACUCUUCAUAACAGUGGCUCCAUUCGAACCCAGUUUUCCUUAUCACAUCUGGACCCAGGAUGAACUUGAAAAAAACCUGCGCACGCGAACCAACCUGCCACUCGCCGAGACGCUCCACAUUGCCCAUGUAUUGACGCAGGUAUUAAAAGGAUUUCUUUGUGGCCACGGUGACGACAAGACGUCGCACAAGGAACGUCGAGGAGGCUAUGUCUUCACGGGCGGCCGGAACUCCGGCUGCGUGCGCGCCUGGGUGGGACGCUUGGAGUUUCAGGAUGGGAAGCGUCUCAGACAUAACUACGGCAAACAACAGGCGUAUCACGGUAGCGGGCGUGUCCACUUGCAUUGUCUGGUAUGGCUGCGAGGAGCUGCCAGCUUGGACCUUCCUUCCAAAGUUCGUGCAGAUAUCCCAAGGGAAGCGGCGGAACCGGAGCUUCGAUGCCUCGUCAGGGACUCUCAGCUUGACUGGAACCACAGUGGUUGGCCCUUGCGAGAAGAACCGUCCCAAUACGACAAGUCCUCCAAGCUCUUGCGAUUGAGACAUCCGCAGGAUGCUUUCGACCAGCAUUGCCGAGCUUAUUUCCCAGAUCUCCUGCAGAGCUUGCGGUGUCAUAUGGACGUCCAGGCGUCCGAUGGCCGCAGCCUCGUGUUGAAAUACUGCUGUAGCAACUCGCUCUCACUAACCUUCGAUCACGGUUAUCUUCCAAAGUUUAGUGAUUCCUUCGCACAUGAGCUACUCUCCAACGAGGCUUCGACUUUCGAGCUGACCAGGCGGAUAUUAUGCGAGUAUCACCCGCUGGAACCCGAGAUGGUAUGCCAACUCGCGGGUGGGCACAUUCCACAGUUCUUCUGCAGUGGUGUCGUUCGUAAGUUCGUGGUACCUGUGCCUUGGGACAAACCGGAGCUUCCGAGAAUAGUGGAACUUUACCGGGUAUGUUCCUGGAGAACAGUCGGCAUGAGUCUGCUGGAUUAUUUGCGAAAAACAAACAACAAAGGAGGCAUCCAGCAGCGGUACGUGAGAAAGCAUAGGCGUGCAGGAGUCAAAGAAUCACUCCAAGACUGGAUCAAAGACGUUCGACCGGACGGAAGCGUUCUGGUGGCCCUUGUGAUGUACUCGAGGUACAACGACAAGUUCUUUGGGCAGUGGUUAUUGCUGCACUAUCCAUUUCGACAGUUGGAACAGCUCUGGGAUGAGCGUGUCCAAAAAGUCCCCGCAAGCCUGCGAUUUUUGACGCUGUGUUUACUAAAGGCUCCAACAUACUGGCGGGAUUUGCGGAACCUAGAAGCAGAUCUGGAGUUGGAAGCACAGUCGCAGCUUUAUGUCCAAAAUCUCCUUGCGAUGGUCGCCGCGCGAAUUGAACUGGCAGACGCCUAUUUGAGCGGUGAGAUUUCUAUAGUUGACUUCCCUAACGAGAUCUCUCUGUUGGGUGGCAAGUUGACGGACACUGGCGUCGAAUUGGCAGCAGACCAGCUUGCCGUUCUGGCACGCCUCCGCCGUAACGUAGGUGUAGCCCUGGAAGCGAGGUGGCCUGAGGAUGCGGAUCACGUGACGCCGUGGAUUCGCUGGAUGGAACAGGACACGGCCGUGAAUGAAGCACUGGCAGUACUCGGUCCUGCCGGAAGCGGAAAAAGCACGGCCGUCGAGGUGGCCGCCCGCGAGUCCAUGCGUGUCGGAGCCCGUGUGGGAAUAGCGUGUCCGACAGGAAUGCUAACGUCACGUUACAGACAUCGAUUCCCAGAUGCAGACGUCGAUACAAUCCAUGGUAUGUUUGCUUUACAUCGUGCGGAAUCAGAGACGUUGGAUCUGAUGACGACGUAUGACCUAGUGAUCAUCGACGAAGUGGGCCAAUUAUCUGAGUCUAUUUUCGAAAGAUUGAUGAGACUCUGGUAUGCAGCUAUGCGCCGUCCAGUACUUUGCUUCGUAGGCGAUUUCGCGCAACUGCGCAGUAUCGAAGGGACGAGUCCACGGCAGAGUCCGUGGUGGCGCCAGGUGCGGCGCAUGCAUCUGAGGACCAUGCGACGGUGCAAGUGCGAAAGACUGCGGUGGAAAUUGGAACUACUGCGGCGUGCCAAACCGACCAAGAAGCAAUUGCAUGACAUCUUACGAGGCCAUCGAGCGCCGAUGCAUCGUCCCCAGGGGCAUGCGACCAUUCCGACGUUGGCCGAGAUUGAGCAGAUCUUUGCGGAAGCCAAAUCGGCUCGACGCAGACCGCUGUUCGUCGCAUUGAGCCGCCGGGGUGCCGAUCACCUGAAUAGGCUGGCCGUUUCGGCUCUGUUCUCGCAGAGCACACCACUGACACGCCUCCCUUGUGAUCCAGACGCCAACUUGGACAACUUCCAAGGGCAACAGCAGGUGGCGGCGGAACCAAUGGACACGGACAUUUUCGACGGCAUGCGAGUACUCCUCACGGUCAACGAGGAUAAAGUACAUGGCUUUGUUAAUGGUAUGCUAGGAGUUGUUCGUCGAGUUCGACGCAAUGCCGUUGAAGUCUUGACCGAUGCAGGCGAGGUGCUUGCAGUACAUCCUGUCACACGAGAAGUCGAGGUUGCCGGUGGCGGGACGCGCAGAAUCACAUACUAUCCCAUGAGAGCAGGAUACGCGACAACACUGUAUAAAGUACAGGGCAGCACAUUGGAGAGCAUUGUCAUGUGGUUCGAUGUACCUUAUGUAGAGGCGGCCGCGUACGUGGCACUGUCACGUGUACAGUUUGACUCGCAGUGGUCCUUCUUAGGUGAUGUCACUACAGCACACUGCGUGCCGGCAAGGACGGACUAA